AUGUAUAAGUUACCUAGUUCGAUGUGUAACAUCAUUACAGAACAAUUAGUCGUUGAUCAAGUUCCGAGUGAUAAACAUGGACUUCAGUGAUGUAUAUAACUCUGAUGUCAGAGUGAAGGAGGAACCAAAUGAUUUUGCCCCUAUUGAAAAUGAUGAUUAUCAGAUAAUUGACAAUGCACACGAUGCUAACACUGAUGAUCAAUCCUUGCGAUGUCUAGAAAAUUUUACUCGUGGCCCUGACGAUGUCGAAGUAGAAUUCGAAUGUAAGGACGAGAAGCUCGGCAUUAACUUAUUAGUAGUCAAGAAAAUCGAGGACGAUUAUCCAGAUCAUUUGCAGCAUAUGGAAAAUAGUUACGAUAAUCAAACCCAAAAGAAAAUUAAAAAAGAAAUUGAGGACGAAAUAAAAGAAGAAUUGAAUUCGGAUGAUGAACUCAGUGAUGCAUUUGAUGCAAAUGAAAAAACAUUUGCUCAAAAAAGUCUAUGCAAAACCCAAACUGAUAAGGGACGCAAUCGUACCAAAUAUCCAUGUAAUAUAUGCGGUACAAAAUUUACACGAAAAGAUAAUCUCAAGGUCCACAUCGAUGGACAUAAUGCUGUUAAACAUGCGUGUGGUGUAUGUGGAAAAAAAUUCACACACAAAUAUACUCUAAAAAUGCACAUCGAUGCGAUGCAUAAUGGUAUGGCACCUAAAUGCGACAUAUGUGAAAAGACAUUCAUACAAAAAGGAGAUCUCAAGAGGCAUAUCGAUGGACAUAAUGGCGUUAAACAUGCGUGUGAUACGUGUGGAAAGACAUUCACACAAAAAGGAUAUCUCAAGGUCCACAUCGAUGUAGUUCAUAAUGGUAUGGCACCUACUUGCGAAAUAUGCGGGAAAAAAUUCUCAGCAAAGACUGCUCUCAAAUUUCACAUCAAUGCGAUGCAUAAUGGUAUGGCACCUACUUGCGAAAUAUGCGGAAAGAAAUUUCAAACGAAGACUAAACUCAAGGUCCACAUCGGUGCAGUUCAUAGUGGUAUCAAGCAUACGUGUGUUACAUGUGGGAAGACAUUCACACAAAAAGGAUAUCUCAAGGUCCACAUCGAUGCAGUUCAUAAUGGUAUGGCACCUACUUGCGAAAUAUGCGGGAAAAAAUUCUCAGCAAAGACUACUCUCAAAUUUCACAUCAAUGCGAUGCAUAAUGGUAUGGCACGGACUUGCGAAGUCUGCGGAAAGAAAUUCUCAACGAAGACUAAACUCAAACUCCACAUGGAUGCAGUGCAUAAUAAGAUAACUCACGCAUGUGAUACAUGUAGCAAAAUAUUUACGCUGAAAGAUAAUCUUAAGAAACACAUCGAUGCGAUGCAUAAAGGUAUGGCACCUACUUGCGAAGUGUGCGGAAAGACAUUCUCACUAAAGGGUAAUCUUAAAAGACACAUGAAUUUGAUGCAUAAUAAGAUAACUUACGUUUGUAAUACGUGUGGCAAGACAUUUUCACAAAAGGAUAGUCUUAUAAUUCACAUUAGAACACAACAUGGAGACAUUGAUUACGCAUGUGUUUAAUGCGGAAAAAAUUUGCACAGAGGAGAUACAUAUGCACGUCAAAUGUAUGUAUAAUGUCAAUACCCAAGCACGGGAUCAAUGCAAAAGAUCUCAAAACGUACCUAUCAAUACCGCGCAAAAUGAUUUAACAUCGAGACAAAUGAGUGGUUAUAAAACUUUCAUUGAGAUAGCGCAUCUUUCACGCAUUACCACCUAAUAAAUGUAUAAAAUGUUCAUUUAAAUUUUGUAAAAAACAAUUACUAUUAUAUUUUGGAUUACUCCUGUGUUUUUCAUCUCACUUCUUACAAAACAAUCGAGUUU